AACGUGCUGCUGCAUCAAAUUCAGAAUAAACAUAUUUUUACAAAAAUCAAUUAAGUUGAUGAGGUCAGACAUUAAAUAUAUUGUCUUUGGACUUUUCAAUUGAGUAUAUGUCAAAAAGGAUCAGCGAAUGACCACAUUAUGUUUUAUGGUUUACACAGCUUUCCGACUUUUUUGGAAUCAGUCUUGUAGAAUAAUGAUGUAAAGCAGGCACGCUACCCACCCUGAAUUCUGCUAUUGUCAUUUAGUAUAUCUGACAUUUGUGUUUUUGGUAAGUAAACACUGAUAGCCUGUAUAGUGUUCUUGCCAAAUCCCUAAAAUUCUCUCUGUUGUGUGUAUCUCGAUUUUUCUCUGUGUGCUUUUAGUAGCGAAGCCGCCAACGUGAGUCGCUUGUUUCAGUAAACGUCUAAAUGAAAAUUGAGGGCACACCCAACUGGAGAAGCAGCUGUGCUUGCUAACGUUUGGUUCAUGACUUAAAAAACACGUUCAGGAUCUAUUCCAGAUGAGGCUAAAGCUUUGUCACUGUUGGCGCCCGCAAAUGCUGUUGCAGGAAUUCUGCCAGGAGGAGGACUUCUUCCAACGCCCAAUCCCAUCCCCAAUCCACCUAUGGGAGGGAACCCUUUCGGUGCUCCGAACAUGGAUGCAAUGGCUGCGUUUGGAUUUGCAGGCCCCAAUAUGAAUCCCCAGGCUGCGGAUCAGCUCUUAAAGUUCAUGACAGAUCCAAAACUGAAUCCUCUGGCUGCAGGCUUAAACCUGAAUGCAAGCCUGAAGGCUGACGCAUCAAACAAAGAAAUCGAAGAGGCCAUGAAGAGAGUCAGAGAGGCCCAGUCGCUCAUUUCUGCUGCAAUCGAGCCUGGAAAUAAGGAGAGCAAUAAGAAGCGCACUCAGUCUCGGUCCAGGUCCAGAAGGAGGAGGUCCCGAUCACGUUCGAGACACAGGAGAACCAGGAGCAAAUCCCGGCGACGGUCGAGCUCCAGAAAUCGGAGGCGCUCCAAAAGCCCACGCAGGAAGGGCACCUACUCUAGAGACCGAAGCAGGCGAUCUCAGAGCAGAUCCAGAGAUAGAAAGAGAGAUGAUUCAGGGAGGAGAAGAUCCAAAACACCACCAAAAAGCUACAGCACUGCCAGGAGGUCCCGCAGCCAGAGCCGGAGGCACAGGAGAAGUCGAAGCGGCAGCCGCUCUCCUAAAAGGAGAAACUCCAGGUCUCCGUCUCCUCGAAGACACAAGAAGGAAAAGAAGAGGGAUAAGGAAAGGGACCGCAAGAGUGAUAAAGAACACAGUCGCGAGGAACGUGAACACUCCACCAGCAAGAAAAAGAAAAGCAAAGACAAAGAACGAGAGCGGGAGAGGAAAUCCGAUGGCGAGAAGGGAGAUGUCAAGAUCACCAGGGAUUAUGAUGAAGAAGAACAAGGCUACGACAGCGAGAAGGAGCGCGAGGGCAGGAAGGAUUCUGACGACUCUGCUUUGUCUCCUCAGUCUGUAGAGGGAAACGGCACAGCGAGGCCUGUGAAGGCCAAGGUUAACGGAGCUGACGAUCACCAUGAAGAGGACAUGGAUGUCAGCGAUUAAGCAGUCUGUCCUGCUUUGCCCCACAUUAUCCCUCCAUUUUAGUCGUGAACAUGUUCUGACUUUUUUUUCCCCCCACUGGGGUAAAUCUAAAAUGUGAAAUGAGCGUUAAAUGUAUUGAUUUUCCGCAAAGAAGAGUUGUCUAGUCCUUUUGCAAAUAUACAAUGCAGAGUCGUCAUUUUUGCCCAAAGACAUUGUCUCGUUGCUUUACAGUACCCGUAGCCUUUUUGCCUCUGCAGUUAUAAUCAGUUAAAAAUUGAAGUAGGCUUCACUUUUCUUGAGCUUGUGUUGUCAGGUUUUGUCACUUCUUCAAGUAUAUUGAAUCUUUAUUUUUGUUCAGUGUUGUGUGUUGCUCAGGCCUGCUCCCCGCUCUCUGGAAACAGUUAAUGCGUUUGCUCCUUGUUACUUCUAAGUGUUUUAUCAAGGAUUUCUUUUAUAAUAAAGCCUAUUUGGAGAAUCAAGA